AUGUUCAGCCCCGUGUCCGACGCGACUUCGCUGACGAGGAAUCGAGCAAGUGCCCACUCCAUGGCCUUCAUCUCCUCGUCAAGUUCGCCACCUACCUCCCUCUUCACUUCCGAAUCCGACGUUGACAGCAGAGGCUUCCUUCAGUCUUCCUUCCGCGCUGGCGGUCCGGUGCUUUGCUCGUUACCCGCAAACACAGUGGCCCUUGACCACGCCCAAAGGGCAUUCUUGCAUGAUAUGGAGAUCGAGAUUUAUCGCUUGUCCGACCAGAUCCUUGACAAAUACGCCUUAACUCCCUCUACACAGGAUGUAACCGGUCGUCUGUCUGUCGUUCGAAGCGAGUCGAUACCAAUCCCCACCCUCCUCAUCAUCAUGCCUCGACAGCCAUCUCCGAGAUCCGAAAAAUGGCGCGAAGCAGCCAGGGAACUUCAUGCUCGCAUCCUCUCCCAAUUUAUCGAUCUUUCCAUUGAAAUAAUUGAUGAAAGAUUGUUGCGUCCCGCACAGUGUUUCCCUGUCGAGCGCACACAUCCCGUCUAUUCAAAAUGGAGAAGAAUCUGUCACGAGAUCCUGCGUGUUUCCAAUCUCCAGCAAUGGGUUGGAAUAUCAUGUUGGCGCUAUGGCUAUGAGGAGCAGAGAAGGGACAACGCCGUCACCAUCAUUGUCAGCGUCCGAGAGUCUGCUGAUGGCCCAUUCCACACCGCUGCUCGACGGAUCAAAGGAGUCCUUGCCAUACAAUCCGUUGAGGAUGUCGACGUGCUGUUCAUCAAGAACGAAGACCAUCUCUGUGUCGAUGAGCCCAAUAUAGGCCCUGAACUUCUGGUCGAGGCAUGCACUCAGCAUGUGCGUCCAGGGUUAAGCAUAGGCAUACAAAACAGUUCCGCUGGCUCCUCCACUAUGGGGGGUAUCGUGGAGCUAAGGUUUCCAGGUCAGUCUGUCUGGCAACGAUUUGCUUUGACUUGCUUCCAUUGCGUCUACCCCCCAGAAGGGCACCGGUUAAACCUGGACAACAUCCAAGGUGCACGAGAAUCAUUUAGACAAUGGGAGUACAACCCCAUCUCUCCAGGUGAUCGCAUGGCCAGAGAACUCCUCCGAGUUGAACAGCCUUCGACAUUCGACCUCCAGAACACCAUUAUGCGCAUCAAGAAGCGAAUCAAUUCCAGACGCUCUUCCGAAUUCCUAGAAUUGCAUGAGCUGGCGGAGGCAAUUGAAAAAGGGAGCGGUGGUUUUAUGAUCCCCCCUGACGAGAAAGCCUACAAAAGCACCCUACGAGAUAUUCGGUCCUGGGAAGAUCGCAGAGCCGUUUUCGAAAAUUUCCUGCACAAAGAAUCUCACAAACUUGGGCAUGUUUUCUGCGGCAGUGGUAUCCAUCGUCAAGUAACCGUUGCAGGCGGAGACAAGCGGAUAUUAGACUGGGCCCUGGUUCAAAUUGACACGGAGCGACUCCCCACUGGUGAUGCUCUUGUCGACGUCAACAAGCCUUUCCCAUACUCUCCCCACGACGCUGACCCGCCUACGUUUUACUCUCGGUCGCCUGUAGAUCCAAUGCGCUUUAAAGAGAUCCUAUUUAAGACAGGACGCACCACAGGAACGACCUCCGGGGUAUACAACGAGCUGAACCAGUGCAGGCUUUUUCACGAAUGGGAUCCGAAUGCCUCGGGAGGCUAUCGGAUUGUCCCCACCUUCACACAUUCGGUCGGCCCCAAGGAUGGCAAAAAUUUUUGCGAGAAAGGAGACUCUGGCGCCCUCGUUUAUGAGGAGAGUGGGAAUGUGGUAGGUAUGUUCUUCGGUGCCACCGAACGAAUGAACGUAGGGUACUUCUCAUUGAUUUCAGAUAUUUUCAAUGACAUCAAGACAAUAACUGGUGCCUGCGAAGUUCGUUUCCCAGUUUAUGCGGGUUGA